AUGAGUCGCGGGAAACUUCGUGAUCUGGAUCACGCCAGGAAUAAACCAAUAGAAUCCCCAGGGAGCAAGACCUCAAAAAAAGCCGUUGUCGCCACCACCCAUGUGUCCAACGAGCUUACAUCGACUGCCACAUCUCUGACAAAAUACCUCCUAGCCGACAUUCCUGGCAAAUGCCUUAAAAGCUUCGAGGGCAUCAUCAAAUGGGAGAUCAUCUCGAAGAGCGAGAAGGACAUUGAGUGGAUCUUCGGCUGGAUGGACAAACCUGGGUGUGGCAGAUGUGUUAGCGCAACAAUUGGCAAGUCUGACAUUACAAUCUGUAUGGAGUGCUUGCGACACCAGCAGACGCAUAUCAUCCACCUGCCCGGCUGCAGGGAAUGCUUAAGGCGAACUAUUGAUGGCAGUUCUGACUGCAAGCGUUGUCUCGCUGAGGUGAUAUACGUUACUGAAUCAGUGAAGUGCACGGUGGAAGCCAAGGUCAGGAAGACAAUGGUCCUUCUCAAUCUCGAUGUCUAA